AUGCACAGUUUGCGGAACAUGCUGCGUCGUUCCUUUGCCUGUGUCUGUGCCGCGGCGGCGCUCGUGAAGUUCCACGCGUUCGUUGGGAUAAAGAAACAUGGCAAGCGCAAUUACAAGCUGCAAAGCCCUAAAGAUGCUUACAGCGACAGAUUUGUGACGAUGGCGCAAGAUUUGCUCAUGGCAAGCGGCUAUGAUGAGAACGUUACACGAGUUGCCCUGACCCUGGCCCUUGCAGAGAAAGAGAAUGAGAUUCGAGAAGCCCUGGAGGAGGCUGCUACUAAACACAGGUUGCUCCAGCUCAAGUAUUUGUCAGUGAGUUCAAGGUUUUGGUUGGAGACUUUGUUCAAAGAUUUUUGGGCAUUUGCGCGAGCAACGCAUGUAUCAUUCGGCCUAGACACGACAUACAGCGGCAUCAGCAGACAUUUGGCGAACAACCCGGAGGUGUGGCAAGCUUUUGCUGCCCACGAAAACAUGUCACUGGUGUUCCCUUUCAAUGAGUCGUUUCCAGAAGUCUCCCGUUCAUUGUUGUAUGGUAGGCUGAGCGACCAAGUGCACGAGCCACCAGGCUCGGUUGUGCUUCGCUUGUGGUAUGAUACUGAAUACACCGGCGAGGUGUACUUGCUUCGCUAUAGUCGGAAGUUGCGCAUUAUCACCGGGCCACAAGAGCUAAGCCGAGCAUGGGCUGACUUGAUGAAGCCAGACAGGCGUCCGUGA